UUAUCUUUGUGAUCGCCUAUAGUUUUAAUUAUUUUUACGUUUUAUGUAGCUUACGUAGUUUGUAUAAUGUCAUUUUUAGGGAAACCCAUCACUUACCAAAUGAUUAAAUGAAAAAGUUAGUAUUAUGCUCCAUACAUUCGAGAAUCGAUGAGUUAAAAUAGCAAUACUCGUUCAAAGUUACUAUUUCCUUCCAACCCAAACCCUAGUUUCAAGCCUAAACACAUUCAAGUUUAAUGAUGUACUAUUAUUCCACGUGUCAACUCUCAGUUAUAUACCGAUUAAUAUAAAUUUAUUCCUACAUCAAGGUAUUUCUCAUCAAGAAAAAUAAAGGAAAACACACAGAGAUUUGCAUUGCAAUCCAAGUUCUACCUAUAGAAUCUUAAAACACUUAUUUUCCUUUACAUCAUGAAUAGCUCUCAAAACACCAGUUACCAAGCUGGCCAAGCCAAGGGCCAAGCUCAGGAGAAAGCUAGUGGUCUGAUGGAGAAAGCUAGCAAUGCUGCACAAUCCACCAAGGAAUCAAUUCAAGAGGCUGGUUCUCAAGUGCAGCUCAAAGCACAGGAAGCGGCUGAUGCCACCAAAGAGAAGCUCGGGAUGAACAAAUGAUCACAUACAUUUUUCAAGAUCUUUCCCAUUUAUUUUUCCUAUCCUAUUUUGUUUAAGUUGUAAUCGAUUUGGGACUCGAAUUCAUUUUUGUACCCAAAUAAAAGAAAAAUAAAAAAAAAUUACUUUGAUCCCAUUUGAAAAUCGGCUAUCAAAUAAUCCAUAUAUAGCUCCUUAUAAGUAACUCUUUUCUUAUUGCAAUUUAUCCAAGAAGACCACCUUAUUGUAGGCAAGGCAAUGCCCAUCUUAUUAUCAGCAAAAAACAAAUCUCUACCUAUAAAUACCAAAUAGAACAUGGGCUUUCUCCCGGCGUGAAACUAUUAAAAGGCCCACACGGAGCCUGUAAAUCAUGGGCCGUAGUAGCUCAAUUUAAGGCCCACAUCUGAUUUGAGGGAGGCGGCUCUUAUAAGAAGGCGAAGGCCCAUAUUAGUUACAGCUUGGCGCGCAAUAAUUAACCGCCUUUCAGGGAUAGGAAAACACCCUAACUUGCUAUCCAAGAGACGAUCAAAUCCAUUACAAUCCUAUCUGCAAGGAAACACAACAAAUCAUAUAUUCGUUCUCUCAGUUGAUUCUCCGCUAGUUUCAGAAACCGGCAAUCGAUCGAACCUCCACUCGAGAAACGAUGGGUAAUCUCUCGUCGGACGUCGCCGACAAAGAUCGACGGCGAGCGCAACGUUCUUAUAACCAGUGCGCUGCCCUACUGUAACAAUGCACCUCAUCUGGGCAACAUCAUCGGCUGUAAUUAUUUUAUGAUUUGACUUCUGGGUAGAUUUGCCGGCGAGGACGAACAAUUUUGAAUCUUAAAAAUACUUGUUUCCCGUUUUCAGGCGUGUUGAGCGCCGAUGUGUUUGCUAGAUGCUGCCGGCGACGAGGCUACAAUACGUUGUACAUCUGUGGAACCGACGAGUAUGGAACUACCACAGAGAUCAAAGCCUUGCAGGAGAAUUGCACGCCUAGAGAAAUUUGCGCAAGGAUGUAUCUAUGAUUAUGAACUCUGCCUGAGGAAAUCCCCUGUUUUUUUCCCCCUCUCCUUUAUUAGUCCUUGCAGUGAUCUUCAAUCCAAAGUUCAUGAUUCCAAUUGUGGGGUUGUUUUUAUUUUACAGGUACCAUGCUCUUCACAGUGAAGUUUACAAGUAGUUCGACAUAAGUUAGUGGGGUUUUUACCCACUCGAGUCCGAGGCAUCCAGUGGGUGGACGCCUCUCGUCGAUGUACUCUCUCGGUGGUGUACGCCUCCCGGUGUACUAGACCCCAAAAUAGGUUGGGUCCAAUGUGAGACGUUUUGUAGUGGGCUUGGGCUCGUAUUAGGCGGGUUAAUACCAGACCCAACACUUCAUAAACAGGGUUUUGAGUUUUCUUGCAAAACCUCAAAGCAAAGGAGGACGGUACAGUUCCAUUGUUCCUGACAUCGCUCCAGGUGCCGCGGAAUCGCAUCUCCUGACAAAGGAACUGGGCGAUGCCGUUGGCAGGAAGGUGGAUGGAUAUGUGGAAGCAAUGGAGAUGGUUAGAUUGAGACAAGGACUGAAAACCGCAAUGGACAUUUCGAUUCAGGGGAAUGCAUAUCUCCAAGAAAGCCGGUGCUGGAAGUUGGACAUGAGAGACCAGCAGCAGAAGGCUUGUUGCGACAUUGUUGUACGGACUUCAGCUGGCCUGGUGUAUCUUCUUAGCGUGUCUGUUGGAGCCAUUCAUGCCAUCGUUCACUGUUGAGGUGUUGAAGUAGCUCGAUCUAGUUCACGACCCAACGUCACUCUGCGUUGAGAAGAAAGGAGGAGUUAUCGACAAUGCAAGCCGGCCGUGGGAGAUCAUUCCUUCUGGUCAUUGGAUUGGUGUACCUAGGCCAUUGUUCAAGAAACUGGUGAGUACUCU